UGAAAAAGACAAUUAUUGGGAACGUUAAGUUAAAAUGGCAAAAAUUUGUAACGUAUGCGGAAAACCAGAGUGUUUAUAUAAAUGUCCUAUAUGUAGAGAACCGUAUUGUUCCAUAGGUUGUUAUAAAGAACAUAAAGAAAAUAAGUGUAAACCAUUGGAAGUUCAAGCAAACUUAGAAGAUGUUCAAAAUUCAACGGAUAGUGCCAAAUAUAAAUUUGCAACAGAGGAUACAGUUCCCAUUGAAAAACUGAAACAACUACGAUACAGCAAAGAAUUGAAAAACUGCUUACAGAAUUUACAUGUACGAGAUAUAAUGCGUGCUGUUUUAACUGAUAAGGACCCAACAAAAGCCAUUGCUUUAGCUAUGACUGAACCAAUUUUUGUGGAAAUGGCAGAUGCAUGUUUGAAUGUUGUCGAACCUCAAAUUAAUGAUGAAUCAUGUUAACGUAUGUAGAUCUAUAUCACAUUAGACUUAUUAGAAUCAUUAAAUUAAUAUAAUUAAAUUUAUUAUACAUG